CUUAGUUUGCGUGCGUGUUUGCGUGCAGCGGAGGUGGCGGCGCGGGCCGGUCGGACCUCGGAGCUGCUGCUCUUGGUGCUCCUGUAGCCGCCGUCCCUGUCUGGCUGGUUUAGACUGCCGAGCGGACGAGACGCUGGCCACAGCACCUUAGCAUCGGACGCAGCUCUGCGCGGGCUCUGCGGGAGGGUGGGCGAACGCGUGUCUGAGGGUGCCGCGCGGGCGGGCGGGCGCGGGUGAGGGAAAGAGGCGGGGGCGGCGGGUCAGCCGCGGGCCGGGCCGGCCGGGGGAUGUCGAUGCCUGACGCGAUGCCGCUGCCCGGGGUCGGGGAGGAGCUGAAGCAGGCCAAGGAGAUUGAGGACGCUGAGAAGUACUCCUUCAUGGCCACCGUCACCAAGGCGCCCAAGAAGCAGAUCCAGUUUGCUGAUGACAUGCAGGAGUUCACCAAAUUCCCCACCAAGACAGGCCGCCGAUCUUUGUCUCGCUCCAUCUCCCAGUCUUCCACGGACAGCUACAGUUCAGCUGCGUCCUACACAGAUAGCUCUGAUGAUGAGGUUUCCCCCCGAGAGAAACAGCAGACCAACUCCAAGGGCAGCAGCAAUUUCUGUGUGAAGAACAUCAAGCAGGCAGAAUUUGGACGCCGGGAGAUUGAGAUUGCAGAGCAAGACAUGUCUGCUCUGAUUUCACUCAGGAAACGUGCUCAGGGGGAGAAGCCCUUGGCUGGUGCUAAAAUAGUGGGCUGUACACACAUCACAGCCCAGACAGCGGUGUUGAUUGAGACACUCUGUGCCCUGGGGGCUCAGUGCCGCUGGUCUGCUUGCAACAUCUAUUCCACUCAGAACGAAGUGGCUGCGGCCCUGGCCGAGGCUGGAGUUGCCGUGUUUGCCUGGAAGGGCGAGUCAGAAGAUGACUUCUGGUGGUGUAUUGACCGCUGUGUGAACAUGGAUGGUUGGCAAGCUAACAUGAUCCUGGAUGAUGGGGGAGACUUAACCCACUGGGUUUAUAAGAAGUAUCCAAACGUGUUUAAGAAGAUCCGAGGCAUUGUGGAAGAGAGCGUGACUGGUGUUCACAGGCUGUAUCAGCUCUCCAAAGCUGGGAAGCUCUGUGUUCCGGCCAUGAAUGUCAAUGACUCUGUUACCAAACAGAAGUUUGAUAACUUGUACUGCUGCCGAGAGUCCAUUCUGGAUGGCCUGAAGAGGACCACAGAUGUGAUGUUUGGUGGGAAACAAGUGGUGGUGUGUGGCUAUGGUGAGGUGGGAAAGGGCUGCUGUGCUGCUCUCAAGGCCCUUGGAGCAAUUGUCUACAUCACAGAAAUCGACCCCAUCUGUGCUCUGCAGGCCUGCAUGGAUGGUUUCAGGGUGGUAAAGCUAAAUGAAGUCAUCCGGCAAGUUGAUGUCGUAAUAACUUGCACGGGAAAUAAGAAUGUAGUGACACGGGAGCAUUUGGACCGCAUGAAAAACAGCUGUAUCGUAUGCAAUAUGGGGCACUCCAACACAGAAAUUGAUGUGACCAGCCUGCGCACUCCAGAGCUGACAUGGGAGCGCGUGCGCUCUCAGGUGGACCAUGUCAUCUGGCCAGAUGGCAAACGCGUUGUCCUCCUGGCAGAGGGUCGUCUUCUCAACCUGAGCUGCUCCACAGUUCCCACCUUUGUUCUGUCCAUCACAGCUACAACACAGGCUUUGGCACUGAUAGAGCUGUAUAAUGCACCUGAGGGACGAUACAAACAAGAUGUAUACCUGCUUCCUAAGAAAAUGGAUGAGUACGUUGCCAGCUUGCACCUGCCAUCAUUUGAUGCCCACCUGACAGAGCUGACAGAUGACCAAGCAAAAUAUCUGGGACUCAACAAAAAUGGGCCAUUCAAACCCAAUUAUUACAGAUACUAAUGGACCAUAUUACCAAGGACCAGUCCACGUGUACCACACAACUCUAAAAGAAAUAUUUUUUAAGAUAACGUUUAUUUUCUUCUUAUUCCUUUCCUGUUGAUUUUUUUUUUUUCUGUAAUUUCAUUUUCGUUUUCUUCAUCUCAUUGUCCAAGUUCUGCAGACCACACAGGAACUUGCUUCAUGGCUCUUUAGAUGAAACUGAGGUUCAAGGUUCCUCACCCUAGUCACUAAAGAAGGAUUUUACUCUCCCAGCCCAGAAAGGUGAUUCUUUCUUUCCCAUUUCUGGGGACUUUAGUCUUAAUUGGGUACCUUAUUAACAGGAAAUGCUAAGGUACCUUCUUUGUUGAACAAUCUGCAAUGUCUAAAUUGCCUUAAAAGAGCCCAUUUCUUAGCUGCUGAAAUCAGUGCUCUUUCACUUUGUCAGAGGAGCAGGGUUGACACCCACUAGCCAGGUAGGUUAGAUGUUAGGUGGCGCAUGCUCAUUUCUCCAGGUGUUCCAAGCCCUGUUUCCUGUGUGCAGGCGGUGUGUCUGGUUCAGAGAUGUGUACUGUUACGAUCCAGUUGGUCCACUUGGAUUUAGUACAACCCUUCCUCCACUCCCACCAGACCUUCUCAUUUUUUCAAGUUUUUAACCAGACUGCACUCUAUUAAGUUUAAUUUUGUCCCCUGGCAUUGAUUUCGUUGUACAAAAAAAAAAGAGAGAGAGAGAGAGAAAGAAAAAAAAAAAGGUAAGAUAAAUGUUGAGUGUUAACUCUGAGGAACUGCUUGGGUGAUUAGUCAUUCCCAGUUUCUCUUUUGAACCUUUGGAGCUGAGAGUGCAGAGUUGAGUCUGGAGAAAAGCUGGCCUCAAACUCUGAUAAGUCCCUCUGUUUCUAGCCCUUAGUUUAUAGCUUCAAUGAACUGGGGCCAUAAAGGCAAAUUCUGUCAGCUCUGCCCCAUACAGCUUGUGCUGAAGGCAAAUUUCUUGAGCCAUUACUCAGUCUAAAACACUGAGCUCUAUCUUUAGGAUUUAUCCUUUAAGAGCAAAUUUCUGGUCAGCUGUGCUUCUGCAACCUAAAAUAUUUAAAGGGAGGUAGAUGUGGAUGGGAGGGAAAGGAUAAAUUGGGCCAGAGUGAGGGAAAUGUAGUUCCAUAUAACUGGUCUGGGACUUUAGGCCCCUUGUAUAACGUUAGUUUUACAGAAGUGGUACCUCUUUUAAUUGACACGUCACAAAAAGUUUAUGAACCAAGAUCUUAAGGGGCAAAGAAUGUAAUCAGUGCGUCCUGGCUCACGCUCGGAAAGAAUCCCUAGAAAGGCCCUCAAAGAUUGGAGAGGUAUGUAUUCCCAUGCCAUGCACCCUGCUUACCAGCAUUUCUGCAUGGUCCGAUGAGCUUUAUGCUCACGAGCUUUAAGUAUAUAAUUAUCCAGGAUUCUAAAUCUUCAACUUGUUCUAGAUGGUGAUCCUUCAAAGUUGGGUCAGGCAUUAGUGCUAGGUACUAACAAUGUUCAUUUCUCUGUUGCCGUUGAUCAGAGAGACAGACAUAAAAACAUAAGAAAGGAAAGCUUUUACUCUGCGGCCUUCUAGCAGAGUCUUGCCAAAACAUUUUUCCUUUUCCUCUCCCGGUUCUCCCCUCCCCUGCCCCUUCCCACUUCUUUUCAGUGUGACCAUGCUUUCUUCUCUGUAGAUGCUAAGGGUUCAAGCCCUUUUUCCCAGGGCAUUGAACCAGCCAAUCAGAAUACCCCAUCCUGGAGGGGCAGUAACCUGGCCAACAGUGGUAUCCAUGACAUCAGCUCUGCUGGAGGCAGGGGGCUCAGGUCCUGCUGCCCUCUGGCCUGCCCCCUGCUCCCAAUCUAUUACUGUGUCCAUAGGAAUAAUAGGUAAGGGCUCCAUCUCUGUCAAGCCAUGUAACAAAGGGCAGUGUGGGAAAAUGUCUGGCAUCAGAGGGAGCGUGUGGAGAGCAACUCGGGAAGAACAAGUUUAUUUUGUAUUGAAUGAUUUUUAAUGAAUGCAAUAUUAAUCCUUGCAGAUGAGCAAUAAUCAUUAAAGUCAAUUAAAAUGAUAAGACCUUA